ACAGGCAUGAAUUAUCUACAACCCGCUGAAUGUUGUGUAUAUUAAAUCCUAUAUUUAGGGUUGUAGACAUUUAAGACGCUCGUGACAUUCAGAUGGCUGUUAAACGAGUCGAAUUGAAUGUAAUAUGUAGUUAGUAUGCAGUGCUGCGAAGAGGGAGAUCAAUUUGUUGCUGUCAAUUUGCUAGCUCUCGGGGCAUUCUGGAGUAAAAGAUGGUACUGUCUUUGGUGACCCUGUGCGCUCGGGAGUUGGUGAGCGACCACUGCUCUUCGCAGUGUUGGUUGAGUUGUGUGCCGCGGGAGCUCUACCGAGCGUUGCUGGACGCCGCCUUCAGCCGCUGCCGUCCUCUGGCCGUCGGUGAGGUCGUCCAGCGGUGGCCCGAGAGAGCACUGGCCAUCGGAGGCAGCAGAAAAGCGUGCGAGUGCCCUCCGAACCGCCUCUGCGUUCAGGCUCUGCUGCUGGCUGUGGUCAGGGGACUGACGGACAAGAGGUGUUGUCUGCAGAUGCUGGAUCUCAGUGGACUUCAGUGUGAGGACGGGAGAGCUGAGGACUCGAUGGGUGGAUGGUCCCUCAGCGUUGCCCUAUGCUCAAUGGUGCUACAAGCUCGAUCUGCUGCCUCCAGGGCUCACAGGAGAGAUGGAGAAAGAGAGAGAAAAAGAGGACUGGAAGCAGAAAGUGACCAGGGCACCAUCAAGCGAGACCGGGGCAAGGUAGGGUGCGGGAAUAGUGGUGAAGGGAGUCAGGGAGGACACAGAGUGGAAGAAGAAGAGAAGAGGAAGUCCAGAACUAAUGAACAGAUGUUUUCAGGAGAUGAGUCAGUAAAGGGUGACAGGAGGAGGAUGGAGAUCCAGAGAAGAAAGACUUUAUCCGAGGGGAAAUCAAACAGCACCAGUAAUAACAGUAGUUCAUGCUACCACGACUGGGAUGAGGUAGUUGUGGUCCAUGUCAGGGCUGACCUUUUUGUCAAUUCACGUUCCUGGGAGCGUGUCCGUGAUGCCCUUAGUCAACCGGGCCCACUGCGGCUCCACUGCCGCUACCUCUGCGUGGAGGAACUCUCAGCACCCUCCAUAGCUUCCUUGUUGGGUCUCUUGCCUCAGCAGGAUCUUCUCGGUGUGGACAUCCGCUACUCCAGCCUUGGGGCGUCAGGCCUGGCUAUGCUGCUUCCACUUUUAGCUCCUUUUCCUCAGCUGCACUCUCUGAGACUGCAUUACUGUAACUUGGACUUAGAGCGCGCACAGCCUGGCCAGCAGGGGGCACUUCAGGACAUGUCUAAGGGACUGGGUUCACUGAAGAGACUAAAGAGGUUAUGCCUGACUGCACUCCGACUGCCAGGACACCUGCACUUGCUGCUCAGCUCUCUUUCCCAGCCUCUGGAGGUGCUGGAGCUGCCAUACCUGUGCCUGACCUCCACGGACCUGGCCUACCUCUCCUGCAGCCAGCACGCUCCAUUCCUGAGAGAACUUGACCUGAGUGAGAACUGGCUUGAUGAAUCAUCCCUGCCCUCUCUGCGCCAUCUCUUAGCUCAAGCCGAAAGCUCUCUGCGCCAGCUUUCACUUUGUGGUUGUGGCCUCUCAGACACUCUCCUGGGUGCUCUUCUUCCCUCCCUGUCCUGCUGUCGGGCUUUACGUAGCUUAAGACUGGCCUUAAACCCACUCUCUAGAAUUGGACUGCUUUCCCUGGCCCGUACAGUGGCAGGAAUCCCUUCUCUUCAUCUGCUGCUCUAUCCCAACCCACUGGAAGAAUAUGAGCCUGGGCUGCCGGCUCUCCCCUCCAGUGCUCAGCUGCUGGAUUGGCCUCUGCUAGAGGAGUCUGAGGGCAGGGACUUGACCCUGAGGUUGCUAGAUGAGAUUCUGAACUUGAGAUUACGAUCUCAGGACCUUUUUGUGACGUCUGACCUGCUAAACUACAGCCCAGACUUGACUGUGGAUGAUUAAGGUUGAAUGUCCCAGAGCUCACUCUCUUAAUAUGUGACAAUCAAAAC